AUGUUGGAUACAGAGAGUAGACACGGUACUGGGCUGGUUCAGGGACCGACAAGGGACCCUUGGCUCACGAUGGAUUACUACCUCGGUACGGACAGUCUCUCGUUGCAAGAGAUGCUCGAUGUCGACAUCAAAUGCGAGAUCGAGGGCGUUAUCGGUGGUCACACAGAGCUGGGCUUUAAUUUCACCGACAUGUCCGGCUUAGAGAUGGACGACGACCCUAUAGGAUGCCAGAACGAUCUGAGCGGAUGGUUCGGCUCUACAAGUUUACUCAAUGGGAACAGCAACAGUUCAAACAGUAAUUUCAACCUUGACCUCAGCGGAAGCGACGCGGCCUCCAUUAUGGUGAACCCUAACUCGGUAAUGCCUCACAUAGCGAUUCGCAGUCCGACUCCGAACAACGGCAGGAGGCACUUCUCGUUUUCACCGAAGAAGGACGUGAAAGAGGAGAAGAUCGACGUUGAAGAGGAGGAGGCGGAGAACGAGGGCAGCAGUUACACGGAGAACGAGAACGAAAACGAGAAUGAGAACGACAAUGAUAACGAGAACGAGCAGGAGAACGAAGCGGAGAACGAUACAGAAACGGAACAAUACGAGAACGAUAUCACCGAAACAGAAGAGGAUUCCGAGGACGAACAGGAAGUCACCUCAAAGUCCGUCACGCCGUGCAAGUCGAAGACGAUCUCUAUAUCAGCGGUGAAAACAACCUCCCCUCAGUUCACCAAGGCACAGACCACCCCGAAAAUAAACGGGGUGUCAGGGAUCAGGGUGCAGAAUUUCAAAGUACUGCAGAGUCCAAACCAGACGCCGCAGCACGUGCGGAAGCAAAUCUAUAACAACAAUGUACACGUGAGCCCGGGGGCAGCCACCACGGUGACUACAAUGAAAAGGGAGAAAGAGUUCGAUCUCUCCGACUACGACGAUAAACCGUACCCUAAACCAGCUUACUCUUACUCCUGUCUCAUUGCGAUGGCGUUGAAAAACAGUCAGACGGGUUCUCUGCCGGUCUCUGAGAUCUAUAACUUUAUGUGUGAGCACUUUCCAUAUUUCAAAACCGCACCGAAUGGCUGGAAGAAUUCAGUUAGGCAUAAUUUAUCGUUGAACAAGUGCUUCGAGAAGAUCGAGAAGCCUGCAGGAAAUGGGAAUCAGAGGAAAGGUUGUCUGUGGGCUAUCAAUCCGGCCAAAGUGGCUAAGAUGGAUGAGGAGGUACAAAAGUGGUCCAGGAAGGAUCCUCUAGCUAUUAAGAAAGCAAUGAUAUAUCCAGACCACUUGGAGCUCCUCGAGAGAGGUGAAAUGAAGUACGCGGGCAGCGGUGACGUGUCUGAAGAAACGGAAAGUUCAGGAGACGAGGCGGUUGAAGAAAGUACGACGUACGAAGAAUCUAUUCACGGUCACAUAGCUGCAAACUCUGUGACAGACAGUUACGACGAGAGCAGCCAAGAUUGCGAUAUAGAUAUUCACGAUCAUCUGUACGAUGAAGUCGACAUAGAGGACAACAAGGAAUCGUUGCACAUGCAGCUGAACAUCUCGAAGCAAGAACCAUUUGGAUACGAGCUCAGUCCGAGUACAAAAAGGCAAAAGACAUUAACCGGUGCGAUACAAGGGAAUUAUGUGUAUCAACCUGUAACUACUUCACGAAGAAAAACACCCAUCUUCCUGCGAGCUGGCACAGGAAACAGCUCUUUUCUUAAGAUCGAUUAA